GUAGUACUACGGUAGUAGCAUGGCGUCUCCUAUAGAUUCAGUUUCACAAUAACAAAAGAAUUAGAAUGUUAGUGUACCAGUUCUGUUGAACUUGGUAUUCUGGUGAUUUUCUGUAAACUGAAAUUCAGUUGUUUGAUAUGACGUACUUUAAAAUUUCAUUUAUAUUUUGAGGAAGCCAUCAGAUUAAUUUGGAGGUCAGAACUAGGUGUCUUUUCAGUGAACAUAUUCCUCUAACCAAAUUACAGAAAUGCCUUUCUGGGCCAGAAGAGGCUUGUUUUUUACUGAUAUUGGUGUUACGAUUUAUUUAACUGAGAGGAAUCUAGUGAGGCUGAUCCCAUCAGCUAGAGCCACUUCAAAAUUCCCCAUUAAAGAUGUUCAGAUAUGAAAUGAAGAUUCAGUCUUGGAUGAUGGCAAACCUGUGGCCUAGUUUGGAUGUUGUUUGACUACUUGCUUAGGCAUGGAUGAAGGGAACUUACAGCAUGUAGAAUAACAAUGAAAAGGAAAUAUGAAGCAAUUUUGUUACCGGUGAAUUUUAAAAGAAUGAUGUGCAUUUUAUUUAAAUCUUUCAUCAAGUUAACUUGAUUUGAAACUGAUAAAAAUGGAAGACUGUCUUCAUACAUCUUCUGAAAACCUCUCAAAGCUGGUCAGUUGGGCCCACAGCCAUGGCACCAUUUGUAAUCUUAUUCCCAGUCUAAAACACCUGCUGUCUGAAGGGACUCAUGGCAACCUUACAGCUAUGUGGGGUUGUAGUGCUGGCCAUGCUUAUCACUGGCCACUGGCAGCAACAUGCAGGGCAGGAUCCCAAGAAAGGAUUUGUUUCCAGGACAACAGAAGCUUUAAUUCUGAUAGUCCUAGCAUGAUAGGAGUACCUUCAGAAACGCAGCAAAGUCCUGUGGAAAGAUUCCAAGGGAGACUGACCAAAGGUAAGAUGGACUCAAGUAGCAGGACUAGAGACUCUUGUGAUUUUUCCUAUGGUAGUGAGCCUUCAGAGGUGGAUGAAACGAUAGAGGAAUAUGAAGAUGACGCCACUUUGUUUGAUAUGGUGUGUGAAUCUUCUGUCACAGAUGAAGACAGUGAUUUUGAAUCUCACGUACAGAAAUCUCAGUCUCACAAGAGGCCUCAUACCGGCCCAACAUUAUUAACAUCUGGUGUCCAAACUCAUGUCUCAGAUGAGUAUAGCAAUGAUGUAAUUGUUAAAAAAAUAAAACAAGAAAUUCCAGAAGAUUAUUACAUUGUAGCAAAUGCAGAGCUUACUGGUGGUAUUGAUGGGCCUACUUUGGCAUUAACACAGAUGCCGAAGUCAAAGUCACAGACUGUAGCUGGACCAUCUUAUGUAAUACCUUCCAAAACAACCACCCAUGUAGUCUCAAGUCAUGGAAUGGAUGUAGAUGUGCAAAGUAUACCUGUUUCUCCAUCUCUUGUGUCUCGGUCCAACAGUCAGAAAUCUACAAGGACUAGCCUGACAAACCAGGCCAAGACUUCAUCUGGGACCUCAGGUUCCACCCAGCAGGGGGCACUCCAGAUGCCUGUUAGCACUUCUGGAGCAAGUCAACAAAUUAACAUUCCUUUAUCAGCUCUCCAGCUUCCUGGGCAAGAAGAUGAAGUGGUUUCUGAAGAGGAUCUUGUCAAAACAGUCCCAAAGCAAACUUGUGACAUUGAUUUGUCUUCCUCUGGGAAUGCAGAGCCUGAAGUCAGCUCCAGCCAACAGCAGUCCAGUGCAGCACCCUCUCUGGCCACAGAUGCCAGUGGACAGUCACUACCAGACCAGGAUGAAAGAUCAGCUGAGAUGAUUCGAGAGCAGAAUGAGAAGACGAUCAGGAGUACUCAGACUGCACUGAGAAAUUUUAGAGACUUUCUUGUGUCCAAAUAUCCAACAGAAAACAGAGAAAUUUAUGUCAUCCCUUGCAAUGAACUUGAUGCCUACCUAGCUUCCUUUUUUGUUGAUGCCAGGCAGAAGGAUGGCUCAGAAUAUGAGCCAAACAGUUUGGCUAAUUAUCAAUGUGGCUUGGAACGGUACUUAAAAGAACACAAGUAUGGAUACAGCAUAACAAGGGAUAAAGAGUUCAAAAGAUCACAGGAAGCUUUGAAACAAAAACAGCUGGAACUGAGAUGUAAAGGCAAAGGAAACAAACCCCACAAAUCUAUGAAGCUUACCUUUGCAGAUGAACUAAUUUUACGUAAAAGGGGACUACUGAGCCGCUACAAUCCAGAAGGACUACUUAAUCUGGUUUGGCUAAAUAACACAAAAGCAUUUGGGCACUGCACAGGUUUCCAUGGGUCAACACUAAAAUGGGGAGAUAUUAGACUUCGAGUGACAGAGACUGGAUUAGAGUACUUGGAAUGGAUAGGCCAGGAAUCUGUAGAUGUGAGCCCCAAAAUUAAAAGAACUGGAAUGGAAGGCCGUAUAUAUGCUACUCCACAUGCUCCACAGACUUGUCCAGUGCAAGACUACAAAGAAUAUGCUCAGAGGCGACCACCUGCUAUGCGUUACGAAGAUGCCCCAUUUUACCUUUCAAUCAAGCCAGUUGUUAACCUGGCUGCACUGCACUGGUACAAUUGCCAAGCCUUGGGUAAAAACAAGCUUGCUAAAAUGGUUAAAACCAUGUGUGAGAAGGGUAACAUUCCAGGCAGAAAAACAAAUUUUAGUGUGUAUCAGAGUUGCAGCACACUCUCAGAAGCACAGAGCAAUCAACUGGUGUUGAUUUGUAAUAAUUUAAGCCAACAGGCUGCCCAGUCUAUGGCAAGUCACUCAUCCACAGGCAGCUUCAUUGUUUCUGCUUCAUAUGACUCUUCUUCAGACACUACAUGAAGACAGCAUUUACAAGUAGUUAUGUUUUUAUUGUUGACUGCAUUCUGUAAGACACCCACUGUGAUUGCACCCCACUGCCCUGUACCAGACUUUUAAGUAUGCAGUGUCCUUUUCCAGUGCUCUAAUCAGUAUUC